CAUUUCUGGAGUUGCGACAAACAAAACCAACUCCAACACGUCAAACAAAUCCAACAAGUCAAACAAAACCAACAAGUCCAACAAACCCAACAAGUCCAACAAGUCAAACAAACCCAACAAAUCCAACAAGUCAAACAAGUCAAACAAAACCAACAAGUCAAACAAAACCAACAAGUCCAACAAAGCCAACAAGCCAAACAAUCCAACAAGUCAAACAAAACCAACAAGUCCAACAAACCCAACAAGUCAAACAAAUCCAACAAGUCAAACAAGUCAAACAAAACCAACAAGUCAAACAAAACCAACAAGUCAAACAAAACCAACAAAGCCAACAAGCCAAACAAAUCCAACAAGUCAAACAAAACCAACAAGUCCAACAAACCCAACAAGUCAAACAAAACCAACAAGUCCAACAAACCCAACAAGUCAAACAAAUCCAACAAGUCAAACAAGUCAAACAAAACCAACAGUCAAACAAAACCAACAAGUCAAACAAAACCAACAAGUCCAACAAAGCCAACAAGCCAAACAAAUCCAACAAGUCAAACAAAACCAACAAGUCCAACAAACCCAACAAGUCAAACAAAUCCAACAAGUCAAACAAGUCAAACAAAACCAACAAGUCAAACAAAACCAACAAGUCAAACAAAACCAACAAAGCCAACAAGCCAAACAAAUCCAACAAGUCAAACAAAACCAACAAGUCCAACAAACCCAACAAGUCAAACAAAACCAACAAGUCCAACAAACCCAACAAGUCAAACAAAUCCAACAAGUCAAACAAGUCAAACAAAACCAACAGUCAAACAAAACCAACAAGUCAAACAAAACCAACAAGUCUAACAAAGCCAACAAGCCAAACAAAUCCAACAAGUCAAACAAAACCAACAAGUCCAACAAACCCAACAAGUCAAACAAAUCCAACAAGUCAAACAAGUCAAACAAAACCAACAAGUCAAACAAAACCAACAAGUCAAACAAACCCAACAAGACAAACAAAACCAACAAAGCCAACAAGCCAAACAAUCCAACAAGUCAAACAAACCCAACAAGUCCAACAAACCCAACAAGUCAAACAAAUCCAACAAACCCAACAAGCCAAACAAUCCAACAAGUCAAACAAACCCAACAAGUCCAACACACCCAACAAGUCCAACAAACCCAACAAGUAAAACAAAUCCAACAAGUCAAACAAAACCAACAAACCCAACAAGUCCAACAAAACCAACAAGUCAAACAAAACCAACAAGUCCAACAAACCCAACAAGUCCAACAAGCCAAACAAUCCAACGAGUCAAACAAAACCAACAAUCCAACAAGUCAAACAAAACCAACAAGUCAAACAAACCCAACAAGACAAACAAAACCAACAAAUCCAACAAGCCAAACAAUCCAACAAGUCAAACAAAAUCAACAAACCCAACAAGUCAAACAAACCCAACAAGUCCAACAAACCCAACAAGCCAAACAAUCCAACAAGUCAAACAAAACCAACAAACCCAACAAGUCCAACAAACCCAACAAGUCAAACAAAACCAACAAGACAAACAAAACCAACAAACCCAACGAGUCCAACAUUCCAACAAACAAAACUCGUACUGACGGAUUGUGGAAGUUAUUAAUCUUUCGUGCUCAGUCUACUGUAGCUGUGACCCCUCAUGUUUGA